CGAUGGUAAGUCCCUUCUGACGUGCUUCCUUGUCUUACUUUCGUAUUUUGCUUUCUAACCCUUAGUGUUUUUUUUGUGAUGCAGGUUUUGUGAUGGACCGCAUGUCGUUCAUGAAGAGGGCCCAACUCAAAGCGGCCGAGGAGCUGAAGGCCCAACAACCUGGGGCUACCGCUGCGGCCAAGCCGCCGGUGCAGCCGAAGAAGAAGAGGCAGGCCGAAGAGGGCCAGAAGAAGUUGACGGAGGUGGGAAUGAAGCCUCCCAAGAAGUCAAAGAGGGCUUCUUCUGCCGGCGAUGCUGGGACGUCGGCUGUUCCUGCUGGGGACGGAGAGGGUUCAAAUCCUGAUGCUAUGGUGGACCACCCUUCAGGCCCCGUCGUCCACCACUCUUUCCACUAUUCCUGCUCCCUCAACGGCCGCCCGGAAGAAAGGGUCCGGCCGAGAGCUGGUCAGAGGGACCUAUAAGCUCGAGGUAGAGUACCCCGUUAAAGGGGGGCUGUUCAAUGAAAUCGUUGACGGCCACGAGGUGAUUUCUCAGGCCAUCCCUGAUGAAGACCGGGCUUAUCUGAAGAAGCUCGGCCACGUGAAGAUGUACGAUGGUGGGAUGGACCACGUCGUCCAAGUGAGUAACCGUGCACGCUUCGUCUUACUUUCUUCGCCAUUUUUUUUUGCAAAGUUGUCUAACUUAUUUUUACUGCAGGGUGCCUUCAUGUUGAUGGAGAACAACAGGAGGCAACAAAAGGAGAUUGCCCGUCUGAGGCAAUUUGAGC